AUGACGGACGCUCCAAAGACGCGCAUCCUAACACGAGAAGAGGUGGAGAGGAACGUAAACCGCCUCAGCAUGCGCCACUAUGGCGAGCUGUAUCUCCCGCCGCUGGUGCAGCAGAAGGUGAUCUCGCAGGAGGAGCUGGCGCACAGCAUCAAACACCUGUACGACGAUUCCAUUGCCCACCGACAACAACGUAUGCGUGAGAUUGAGCAAAGCGCCAAUGCGGAGAUAGAUAAGUUUCACGCCAAACAGAAGAAAUUUGAUGUAGAGGAGUGGGAGACGCUGGUGCGUCACCUGUACGACGAGUCGCUUCAGCGGAAGCAGCUUAAAUUCCAGCAGUUGUACGAGCGUGAGUUGGCCCCCCUGCAACGCACUCGCAAGGCACUUGGGAAGGCGGAGCAGGCGAAGGUUGUGACGCGGCUCUACAAUGAAGGUAUGGAAAACAAUCGCAAGAAACACAUUGCGCUAUUCGAACGCUUUGUACUAGACCGGCAACCAAAGCCAGUAUACCGUAGCCAGGAGGAGGUGCUGAUGGCGUGCGAUAAACUCACAGCAGGCGAAGGUGUCACCUCCGCCUAA